CGCGCUGAGGCUAAUGUGUAUUUUCACUUUCCUCCGAAAGUUUAGUAGUGAUUGAGAAAAAUGUAGAAAAAAAAUGGCAUUUUCGUAAUUUUAUGAAAGUUACGUUAAAUUAAGUAGCGGUAACAUGUGGAUUCUAACAUCCCUGCAGCCUGGAGGACAAACCCACUACCUUCAGCCUGGUAAAAACUAUGUGGUUGGAAGAAAGAACUGUGACAUCAUCCUGCCCGAGGACCAGUCCAUCAGCCGGGCUCAUGCACACCUCAGCACCACAGAGACGACACUUACACUAAAAGACACUUCUAAAUAUGGCACUUUUGUCAGUGGACAGCGGUUGGCUGACAAUACUCCAGUCAGUCUAACAUCUGGCAGCAACAUAACAUUUGGAGUUUUUAACAGCAAGUUCAGAGUUCAGCAUUUGAAGCCGGUGGUUUGCUCUUCUUGUUUGGACAACAGUGGAAAGGCGUCUCUCACGGAGGCGCUGCAGCUCGUGGGCGGGAAGCUGGUUGGGACAUGGAGCCAGGACUGCACACACCUGGUCAUGUCCAGUGUCAAAGUCACCAUCAAGACAAUUUGUGCUCUUCUGUGUGGCCGUCCAAUUGUGAAACCAGAGUUUUUCUCAGCUCUCCAGGCAGCCGUCCAAAACAAAUCUUGUCCUCCUGAAGCUGAGAGGUUCACACCUGAAAUAAAUGAGCCCAGCUUAAGCAAGGACAAAGUUAAGAUUGGUGUGAUUUCCAAACGCAGAGAGCUUUUUACUGGGAAAACUUUUGUUUUUCUAAAUGCCAAACAGAUGUCACGCCUCAGUGCAGCGGUCUCUUAUGGAGGGGGCAACUGCAGACUCCUGGAUGAGGGCUCACUGCCACGGGACGUCCUGGAGUCUCCUCAGAGCUGGAUCGACGUCUCAUCCUCUGCCUCUCAGCCUGUGCUGUCCUCCUCCACUGUGGACUGGGUGAAUGCUGUGAAGAGCAUUGUUGAAAAGAAAGGUCUGAGAGUAAUAACAGAGUCUGAAAUUGGAAUAGCGGCCAUUUACGCGUCCUGUGAGGAGCACUGCAAUUCCUCACGUCUGACAGAUAGUGUUUCUGUACCUAAAAUGAAGUCCAGGAUCCCGAGUGCGUCCUUGUCUCAGAGUGCAGCCGUGGAUGAAACUGUGUUACCAGCUCCAUCACUGAACAUCACAGCCUACGCAGCCAACACAGAGCCCUCACAAGGGUCGGAUUUCCGUCAAGUUUCGGGGAUGUCAGCAGUGGCAGAGACACCUGAAAAACAACGCAAAUCUAAAAACCUUGCAACAGAGAAGAAAUCGCUGUACGCUGUGGCUGAAUCACAAAACAUCUCACUCAACGCUGUGGAGCACACAGAGUCAAAACGAACUAUAGAGGAAUCCAAACUGACAGAAGAGGAACCCAGUGGUGCUCGACCGCAGCCGACCUUUGCAAAACCCAACAGUGGUACAAAUAUUUCAUCACAGAAACAGUCCCCUCAGAAAACAAAGACUUUUGAGUCACCCAUAAAACAGUCACCUCAAAAACAGUCUUCACUCACAAGUUUCUUUCAACCAAUCAACAAGAAAAGGCAAUUGGAGGAUGACUUUGCUGCAGAGAUCUCCCAACCAAAGCGACAAGCCCGGGAUUCUUCGAUAACUUCACAGUUGCCACAAACAGCUGAAAAAAACUCAAAAGAAUCAUCGCAGAACUCACGAGGCAUGACUGAAAACAAAACACAAGGUCAAAAAAGGAAGGAGAUGGAGGAUAUUGAUCUGGAGGAACUAGAGUCCCUAAUGUCUGAAGAUAUGGAUUGUUUUGAUGAACCACCUCCAAGAAGUCAAAAUCAGGCAAAAACGAACAAUUCAAAACCGCAGAAAGAUGUUUGUACAGUUGAGGUUUCCAGUAAGAGACAACGACUCCGGGAGCAAGACCGGGAAGACAACAGGAUAAGUCAGAAAUUUCACUUGGAAAAACCAUCACCCUCGAGCAGUACCUCAGCAGUCAAAAUUAAAGAGCAAAAUAUGUCUAUAAACAUCGAUGCAUUUGAACCUUCAGAAGAAACAUCAGACAAAAGAAAAUCCACCAAUCGACCAGCCAAGCCACAGUCUAAAGCACUAACUGAUAAAAAGCUGGAGAGAUUCCCUUUCACUGAUGGCAGUGCUGAUUUUGUUGAGGAUGAAGAACUUCUUAAAGCAGAAGCCAUCGAAGUAAAACCAGCAACUAUGAAACCGGAUGUCAAAAAAUCAAGCAAUCCACCAGCUGUUAAGAAGCAAAACAGAUUUCCUUUCACGGAUGGUGGUAAUAGUUUUGUUGAGGAUGAAGAACUCCUUAAAGUGGAAGCCACUCCUGUAAAACCAGCAAUUAUCAAACAGGAGGUCAAAGAACCAAAGAUGGAUGACCAGUUGCCCAAGAACUUGUUGCUGGUGGAGUUUAGAGAUCUCAAAGUAUCAGAGCCUCCAACAAAAGUGACAAAACAGAAGCAAAGCAACGGCUACACGAAGAACUUUAAAUGUUUCCGUAAGGUGCAGACGCGUGGCUCGGCUCCAGUGAUCAGAGGCGCAGAUCUCCUGACUCAUAACAGAGGCAGAAACUCAGAUCUGGACGAGUGGCUCAAAGACGCUGCAGAGGAGGAGCAACAGAGUCGACGAGAUGAAAGUGUAGGAGAUGACCUGUUUAGGUAUAACCCCAGUAAAGUGGCCAGAAGAAGAUGAGAUUGUCUCCAUGUUGUACUUUUCAAAUAUCUGAACUUUUAUCAGAGAACUAAUCAUUAAAUUAAACAACAGUUUGGUGUUCCUCUGUUCUACCUACUUUCACUAAACAUAAUCAUAUUAUUGUUGCACAAAGUAUUCGACAGCAAGAAUUGUAAAAAAUAAUAAUAAAUUUUUUUUUUCAAAA